UUGAAAGCAGCUGUCAGUACUCACCAACCAUGAACGAGGUUGAUGUCUGGAUGGAGUCAAAGGAUCGGCCAGUCUUCACACUCACUCUCAGGACGACACUGGGCAGAAGAGACAACAUGGCUUUACGAAUGAACGCUUCCACGUUCGUGGGACUUUCCCUGCUUUCUCUGACCUGGAAAGCAGCCUGGGCCAAGGUGGAGGUGAACAUGGAGGACAGAGUGGAGGUGUUCCUUGGGGACACGGCCCAGAUCACCUGCAUGUUUACGGUCUCAGACAGCCACGAUGAUGUCAUUCUCCAGUGGUAUAUGAUCACGAAGACCAACGUCCGCUCGAGGAUCUACUACGGAGACAGAAACGUGCAGGUAGUCGACCGGGACGGGCAGUUCACAGACAAGAUCAGUGUGAACGGGAUGGGGAAGAGCAGCGAGGUGGUGCUGACCAUCAGGGACGUGGCGCUGGAGGAUGAGCUAGAGUUCAUCUGCCAAGUCAACGGACUGUCAGCGGGUAACAUGGAGGGACGCACGAUGCUCAAGGUGUUCGCGUCGCCUGAUCGUCCAAACAUUGAGGGGGUGCACUCUGGGAUCUCUGUGAGCAAAAAUAACCCAUCUAAGAUAGGGAGCUGUGAGGCUAAGAAUGGCUACCCCAGGCCCAACAUCACUUGGUACCGUGACCAGAGCCCACUGCAGAACACACCAGGCGAGGUCAGUGUGGUGACCCUGGUCACUAAGGAGUCCAGUGGUCUGUACACUGUCCAGAGUGACCUUCACCUGAAUGUGGUCAAGGAAGACAAGGAUUCGUUCUUCUACUGCGAAGUCAGCUACCUUGUCCCUGGUGGAACCAAGAUGACUGAGACCAACAAGAUCAACAUCACUGUCCACUAUCCAACCACUUCUCUUGAUGUGUGGGUGGAGUCACCAAAGGGGCGUGUCAAAGAAGGGGACACAGUUGAGGUCCAUUGCCGUGCCAACGGGAAUCCUCAACCACCCUUUACAUUCAUGCACAAUAUGCAAGAGUUGGAAUCGGAGCUGAACGUGUUGGUCCUGAAAGACGUGAUGCGUCUAAGCAGCGGCGACAUCACCUGUACCUCACUAGACCUGGACACGCAUGAAGAAACCGUAGGGCACACAGAGCUCUUCGUCGACUAUCUGGACCAGGCUGUGUUGAUUCCCAAAGACACCCAUGUCAUGGCCCAGGGAGAAGAGCUGAUGGCCACCUGCAAUGCCCUGUCCUCCCUGCCCACACACACUGAAUGGUUCAAGAAAGGAGAACAUUUUGCAGAGGGCCACACACUGACCCUGAAGGACGCUGUGUUUGACAUGGCGGGGACGUACGUGUGUGUGGUGAAGGUGCCUUCACUGGAAGGACUGGAGACCAGUGGCUCUUUACAUGUCCACGUACAGGGACCCCCAGAGAUCAAGGAGUCCACAGACACAGUCCUGGAGGAGGUCACAGAUAAGUUCCUUAACCUGAGCUGCCAUGCUAGAGGAUACCCAACCCCUGUUAUCACCUGGAGCUCCUCUGACGAAUCACAGAUCCUGAAAGAGGUGUCCCACAGACAGACAGAGAACGGGGUUCUCAGUGUGGUGAGCGUCAAGGUGACCUCUGACGUCACAGCCAACUGCAACGCCUCCAACGUCCAUGGUACAGACUCCUUCCUCUUCAGCAUCAAAGCCAUUGUCCAAACGACCUCGUCAGCUCCCAGUACUACAGUAACAACAGUAACCCCAGUAACUCCUCCGAAGAGAGUCAAGAAAGAGGGCAGCGGUGUGAUCAUCGCUGUCAUCAUCAUCUGUAUUCUCCUGCUGGCUAUCCUUGGCAGUGUGCUGUACUUCCUGUACAAGAAGGGCAAGAUCCCAUGUGGGCGUUCGGGCAAGCAGGAUCUUACCAAACCGAGUAAGGACAGCACAAUGGUGGAGAUUAAUAAUGACAACACGGAGGAGGCCGUGCUUUUAGGUGUCAACGGAGACAAGAAGCCCCCUAGUGACCAGUAAAGGGUGAUAAGUACAUGGACGUGCAGAAGUGAGUGUGGCUGUGUGAAGGGGCGACUCCUGCAGCUGCUCCCAGUCCAGUUCAUUCUCUCAGGGUGGGAUGGAUCCUUUGAUGCCUUGUGGCCUACAACUCAUCUGAUAUGUGCUGCAGUUCUCUAACCUGAUCCCACAUUCUUAGUUCUUUAGCAUGGCAGUGGCUAACAAAGGAGGUAGCUACGUUAUGUUCAGUCAUGUUUAUCAUUUGCAUAACAUAGAACAUGCAGAUCUAGGAUCAGCCUAGCAAUUUUCCUGAAUGGGCUUCUUCUAUGCACCCAUAGGACCCAGUUAGAGCACAAAAUAAGGAUGGUUUUAUAUAUAUAAAUGUACCUUAAUCCAAAUGCCAACUCAGGCAACCAAUCACUGAAGAUCAGCCUGGAACUGCUCUUUAUGAAGUGUAUAUAUAUAUAUAUAUAUAUAUAUAUAUAUAUAUUUCUUUAUUUAAAAUAACCAGAGAAAAACCUUUUAAAAAGACAUGGCUAGUUUUGGGUUUGGUGCUUUUUUUUGUUGGUCCAAGGCGUUAGGGCGCGUUCCUCUGCAACAUAGUGGAGGAACGUGAACGAACGCCCUGGACCAGAGCUCGCUUUACUCUAGAGGUCCACCUGCUGUUGUUCUGCGUGCGAUUGCCUGCCUUCAGUUCCUACUUUGCUAAGGUCUGUACACUGAAACCAUGGGUGCCUAAUGACAGGCUUACCUACCAUGUCUACAUGUAUAUAGCCUGCUUCAUCUACCCAACAUACAACCUUUAGAGCGAUGUUCUCAAAGUGGACUCAAAGUGGUCGUGACAUCACAUAUCAUUUAGCAAAUUCCGUUUUAGUUUAGUCUUUUUACUUACCCCUGAACCUAACAUGUUCAUUCACAAAGCCAAAAACAAGUGUAAGGCCUUGUAUCCUCCUCUAAUCUUUAUGAGAGAUGGGCCUCGUUUCAAUAUAUCCUUCCUGCUUUCCUUCAUUGGAGUGAUGGCUAAGCUGACAUGACUUGGAUAGGUGAAGGCCUGUCCAAAUCAGGUCAAAGCAGUGAUUUAUUCAUGGAAGAAAGGAUAUGUAGUGAAAUAUCCAGGAUUGGGUUAUUUUGUACUACAAGAGCCAAUAGCAGAGCUCCGAUGAAGCCAAAGCUACUGGUUACUUUUUCUUCCGUAAACUGCUGUCUCAUUCUUGUACUGUUUGUAAAUAAGAGGUUAGAAUCACGCUGAUAUGUUUCCAGUUUCGUAAACAUCUGUCCUGCCUUAUACAUUCAGCCUCAUUCUACAAGUCGCAGAAUAGCUUACAUUCUUUCACACUUGUUUUAUCAUUCUUCGUGAAAAUAUCCAGUGCACUGAUUUUCUUUACUUUGUUAUGAUCAUUUUUGUCAUGCUUUGUUUGUUUUGUCUGUGAAUCUCUGGUUUAAGUUGGGUGAGGGAGUGUUUGCGUGUUUAAUGCGAGUGAAACUUUAGCUAGUUUUUGAUGAAAGUGAAGGUAAAAUGGCUCUUUGACCUAGGGGAGAGUGGGGUAAAUUAAGCCAAAGGGGUAAGUUUAGCCACCCUUGUUUCUAGGAAACCAUACAUAAAACUAAUAAUUUGACCAAAAUGGGAAGAGGUCAUAAUUUCAGGGAGUCUGUGAAGGAAGUAAAAUGUACAUGUAAAAAGUGGUAAGCAAGUUAGGUAAACAAUUUUUUUUAUCUUCACCAAGUCAAAUGCAUUUGUGUUACCGGGUUCAUGAUGCUUGUGUCUAAACCAAAGUAGAUAAUUUUAAGAUUGUUAUAUACACACACAUCAGUUUGGGUCUCUGUAAGCUUCAAUAUGAGGUCCUAAACCUAGCAUGAGGGCUAAUAUCAUCAAUGUUCGCCUUGGCGUAAGUUGAGCAAAUGUGUUUCUCUUCCCAGGAGUAAUGUAAGACAUUAUCGCUGGGAUAUGGGUUAACAGGACCUAGCCUAUGUUAAGUGUUUUUAAAAAUAAAUUAAGUGGUGUUAAAAGAUGCUACAAAUUAUUUAAAAGAAAAAACUAUUGUGAUCGUGUUGAACUGUGUUUGGGAAAUAAAGUCAGACAUGGUUUUAAGAGAAGUAGUAGUAAUAUUUCCUUCAGUACAGACAUUUGUAGGCGGCUUAACUUACCUUAUCGUACGUUGUGCCAAGAGACCACUUUCUUUGGACAAGCUGUCUUCAAAACUAAAUGUCCACAUUAUUAUUAUUAUUUCCAGGGAUACACAACAUUCUGACAUGCAUGUAGAUAACUUUGUUAGAACACUAUAUUUUCCUUGAUUGAGUGAUGCUAAACAUAAAUUUUUUUUUAAAAAUGGCUCAACUUACCCCACUCUCCCCAAUGGCAAAUAAACUAUAUUUAUAAUUCAAACAGGCACUCGCACAUCUGAGCCAACUUUGUUGCAGGUGCAUGGUAACAGUUGAAUAACAUGAGAAAAAAGAAGAAACCUGCAUACUGCUCGUGCUAGCAUCACUACUCUUUACAUAUUGGCCUCGAGGCCUUCGUCAAUAGUAAAAAAUAAAAUAGACUAAAAACCUGACGAAGGCCUUGAGGCAGAUACAUAAGGAGCAGUGAUACUAGCAAGAGUAGUGUGUGGGUUUCUUAUUUUUCUCUCCAAUAUAAACUACAUGAAAGUCAUCGGAACAGGGACUAAAUGUUAAACUCUGAUAGUGUUUUACACAGAACCCCUCUUGAAAUGCUAUGCUAUGCUACCUAGGUGUUUUCAUUCUACAAACAAAAUUGCAAGAAUUAGUUAUAUCAGUUGGUCAGACUAACAUUUCUACACCAGAGAAUGGCUCGAUAACAAUACACUCCUUAGUUUGAGCUUUCUUAAAUCACAACAGGUAAGAUUCCAAGAGCUCGCCCAUGGCUAUGUUAAAACACAACCCAGAAGUUACUCUUAUUAAUAACUAAAGACACUACAGGUUAAAAGGUAGUUUGCUUAAGUCUGCAUCAAAUCAUUAGGGCCACCAGUUUUACUCAUGGUCCUCCCAAUCAAAUGUGUUACGGUACAAUCUGAGGAGAAAAGUAUGACAGUCAUCAAUCUUUGAUAGUAUGAAGUCAAAUGUAAGUUCUGUACUGUCUAAUUACAGCCUUCAAUAUCUCCCCUUUUCACCAUUUUUUAUUUUGACGUUUUUGACAAGAACUCAGUGUUCAUUUUGUUAAUAAAAAAAAAAAAGUCUAAUGGUC